AUGACACUGAGUAAUUUCUUUGUAUACAAUCUUCUAAAUGAAAGACCUACAGCUGCUACUGAGAAAGUUUUACAGUUAACCUGUCAGUUAGACUGCAUAUUAAAGACAUCAGAACGUUUAACUAGUUCAAUGCAUACAUCAGGCACUACUAGUCCAAUAAUGAAUGAAUUUACUUCGAACCAUGGUUUACUAGAAUCAUUUGAUUAUCCUGAAUCAUGUCGACAAUACUCUAAUCAAACUGGUGAAUCACAUGAUCAGUUGACAAAAGAUUAUUCACAUUGUUCACCGAAUUCUUUAUUAUCCGGAGAAUCAUCUCAAAUGGCUAUGAUUCAAAAUCAUUUAACGCGAGAACUUGAAGAAAUAAAUGUUGAAUUAGCUUCAAUGUUAGAAAAGUGCAAUCGAGCAUAUGAAUGUCCAACAGUUAAAAUGAACUUAAUGAAAGAUCAAUAUGAACGUCGAUUAACUGAUUUAAACAGUGAAUGUACAAAUUUACAAAAUAUUUCUCAUAAAGAUUUAAAGAAAACUAAAGAACAAAAUUCACUUCAUCAUUAUGAUUUUUGGACAUUGAAUAAUAGUUUACAUUCACCAUGGCCAUCAAUUGAAGUGGACCAACUAGCGAAUUGGUUAAUUGAGAUGAAAUCAAUGAUUUUAAAAAAAUCACCUAUUUUCCAAAAGUCAGUAUGUACAUUAUCAUAUUCCUUUUCGUCCAACUCUUCAUCAUCAUCAUGUUGUUCUUCUUGUUCUUCUUGUUCUUGUUCUUCUUCUUGUUCUUCUUCUUCAUCAUCAUCUUCAGAAGUUUUUGGACCUAAUGAAGAACAGUUGAGUGGUAAAGGUAAUAAGAGAUCAAAAUGUUGUUUACAUCACCUUAGAUAUAAACAUAAACUUCAAAAUCAACAAAAAAUGAUCACUUUAUCAAAGUUGAAAAUGAAUCCUGAACAUUUCGUUAUUAUCGAUUGUCGUUAUCCACACGAAUAUAAUGCUGGACAUAUUUUUAGUGCUAUUAAUUUAUCAGAUUGGCCAAAACUUUAUAAAUAUUUUUUUGGUAUAAAACAACAAUCUAUUGAAACUACUGAAAUGGAUUUAAGUAACUCAUUAUAUUCAACGGAACAACUGAUUGAACCAAAACCAUCUCAUACUAUAUUUAUAUUAUAUUGUGAAUUUUCUACAAAACGUGCACCACAAUUAUUUUAUCUUUUACGUAAUCAUGACAGACUAUUACAUUUCAAUUCAUAUCCUGCAUUAAAAUAUCCAUUUGUUUAUAUAUUACAUGGUGGUUAUUCAACUUUUUAUAAAAAGUACCCAUAUUUAUGUGAACCAGAUCUUUUAAGUAUUUGGCAUAAACAUUGUAAACUGGUUAAUAGACAAACGAUGAAUCCUAAUUCACAAGACGAAACAUCAAAACCAUUUUCAUGUUCAAUAUGUCAUCGAGGCUUUCGUCAAUCACGUUCAUUAGAAAAUCAUAAACGUUCAAACCAUCCAAUUAAAAAAGAUGAAACCGCUACAAAAUUCAAUGAUAAUCAUUCGACUAGAUUGAUUUAUACAACAGCUAAUAUUAUUCCUAUAAAUGACAUGAAUACUACUACUACUACUACUACUCCUAAUAAUAAUGAUAAUAAUAAUAAUAGCACUAGUACUAGUAUGAAUAUCUUUACUACAAAUUGUGACGUGGUCAACAUAAUAAGAAAUAAUAAGACGGUAUAA